AUGCCUUCGACUCAAACUUUCUAUGCCGACGCGGUGCUGUUUGACAUGGACGGAACCUUGACGGAUUCUAUCCAAGCUGUAGAGGCCGCCUGGGGUAAAGUCGCAAAAGACAUUGGGGAGGACCCAGCCUAUGUCAUCGCGGCUACCCAUGGUAAACGUGCCGUGGACAACCUCGCUGCGUUCAAGCCUCACAUCAAAGAGCAUGAAAUGGACGACGAGGUUACCAAAUUUGAAGAGUCGAUUCUCUUCUUCGCCGACGCGUACAUGACUCAUGGUCCCGGCUCUCGCAGCAACUCCUUUUCUAAUUCUCCCAUUGACUCACCCCUCCGUUCCCCCGCAAGUUCGGGUUUCGGUACCCCCGAUUUGACCCCUGCGAGCUCGGCACCGAGCUCUCGCGCUUCCUCGAUCAUUUCCUCCCAAUCCCGUCGACCCUCGUUCGCCAGCCGGCUCCAGAACCUCCUUCGUAUGAGCGCCGUCCCUGAGGCUCAGGUGUACCAACCUACCUUCGAGGACGCCGUAAUGGAGUCGAUCCACAACGAGGUCACUGAGGAGGAGGAGGAACUUGACAAAAAGAUGCGUCAGGAUGAACUCGCGGCUUGGCAGAUCGAAGCGGCGAGCGUUGACCGCUCCGUCCGCAUUCUCCCUGGAGUGAAGAGGAUGAUGGAUUCCAUUCCCGCAGGCAGAUACGCUGUCGCGACUUCCGGAGCCAAGACUUACGCUUACGGAUGCAUGACUCGCGUCGGGAUAACCCCUCCUCCUGUCACCAUCACUGCCGACGACAAACGCCUCAAGGCUGGCAAGCCUGCUCCCGAUCCGUUCCUCCUUGCCGCAAAGUGUCUCGGGUACGACGCUUCCAAGUGUGUCGUAUUUGAAGACUCCCCUUCCGGCAUCCGGGCGGGUGUUUCUAGCGGUGCUACUGUGAUCGCUGUUUGCACUUCGCACGAGCGGUCGAAAAUCGAGGGCUGUGGGGCUCAUUACCUCGUCGAGAAUAUGAACGCGGUCAAGUGCGAGGUUGAGGGCGAUAAGCUAAAAUUCACCAUCACCACUUAG